CGCUCUUCACAGGACACUGCGUCGAUCGAAUCUCCAUGUGAUUCUUUGCAUUGACAGGGAGUUACUUGGGAAUGUUGCACGCGUCCUCCCGUUGCGGUGCAAGAACCUGCUGACGUGCGCUGAAAAAGUACUCGUGAUAAUUGCACCUUGAAUGAUCGGACACCGAAAUGUGUUGGGUGAGGUGUUAAGUUGUGGCGAAGAACUAGCGCGAGGAGUGUGUGUGCGUGUGUGUGUGUUUUAGGCAAAAGUGCCGCGGAGGAUUUCUGGGAAGCGAGGGGAAAACAUGAAACUUUGAGCAAGCGAUUGUGUCGUCCAGACGUGUUGGAUUAGGUUAAAGGAUGUUGGUGAGCAUGUCGUCGCUUCGAAGUGGCUUGUUCUUCCUGACGACGUUCAUUGUCUCUGCAUCGACAGUUGUAGGGGGUAGACAAGAACGGCGUGGUCCCGUGUUCAGUAUCGAACCUCCGUCUCGGGUGGAGUUCCUCAACUCGACGGAGUCGAUCCUUCGGUGCGAGGCGGAUGCCCGCCCAGACGCAGUCAUAACAUGGAGUCGUGUGGGGGCAUCGGGUCCACUGCCUGACAUCGCCGGCCUGCGCCACGUCCGGCCCGAUGGAGCACUCGUCUUUUCCUCCUUCAGAGCCGAGGAUUUCCGGCAGGACAUCCACGCCGCCGUGUACCGAUGCAGUGCCUCAAAUUCCAUAGGGACCAUCGUCAGCAGGGACGUCCACGUCAGAGCCUCUGUGAUGCAACACUUCGAAGCGCAGGUGUACGACGAAUUCGUCAUCAAGGGCAACACGGGGGUCCUUCGCUGUCAGAUUCCCAGCUUCGUGAAAGAGUACGUCACUGUGACGUCAUGGAUACGUGACGAUGGGCUAGUCAUACACGCCGAUGCUGAUACUGGGGGACGAUACACGGUAUUCAAAUCCGGCGAACUUCACGUGAGGCAAGUGGACAGUGCAGUGGACAACCAUCGGAAGUACUACUGCCAGGCCAAACAUCGCAUCACUGGGGAAGUUCGUCGCAGUGCUUCCGUGGCGCGGCUUAUUAUUAUUGAUACACAUGUAAACACGUCACCAAGAUUGACUGAUCGACGUCCAGUGGUGAGAGCUCGGCAAGGAGAUACGGUAAAAGUACCCUGUGCUGCGCAAGGAUACCCGGUGCCUUCUUAUGCCUGGUACCGAAUCGAGGGCGGUUGGCAGGUCGCCCUGGACAGGGGCAGGUUCCUUCAGGCUGACGGAACGCUAAUCCUUCGCCACGCCGCCAUCGCUGAUACAGGAAAAUACGUCUGCGUCGUAAACAACUCGGUUGGAGAAGAUCGUAUGGAGACGCAACUACAUGUCACGGCCCCGCUGUCGGCAACCGUGAGACCAAAGAGGACCGUCGCCAUCGAAGGUUCUUCAGCGACGCUCAACUGUUCCGUGUCGGGGCAUCCCGUUCAGGCCGUAAUGUGGUUGCGGAACGGCCAUGCUGUCAGCAGCCGUGUCAAGAUGCUGACCCGCGAAACCCUGCACAUCCCGAGCGUUUUGCGAGACGACAAAGGAAUGUACCAGUGCUUUGCCAUCAAUGACUACGACUCAGCGCAAGGCACAGCGGAGAUCACACUCGGAGAUGACCCCCCUGUGCUGACCUACAAGUUUCAUGAGCAGACAAUGGAACCGGGAUCGGCUGUAUCCCUGAAAUGCGCCGCCACUGGGACCCCGUUACCGCAGAUAGUGUGGUCCUUGGACGGUGGGCCCGUGAACGAAAACAUGCGACUGCGUAUCGGAGACUUCGUCACGAACGACGGCUUCGUUAACAGCUUUGUGAACGUCACAGCCGCCAGAACUGAAGACGGUGGAUACUACGAGUGUCGUGCCAGCAACGACGUCGAGACCGUGAGCCAUGGAGCUAGGCUUCGGGUUCGGGGCCCGCCUUUCGUCCGACCCAUGAAGAAUAUGUCUGUUUUGGCGGGAACCACGUUAACCGUGAGCUGCCCUGCGGCUGGUCAUCCGAUCAGCGAGAUUGUGUGGUACAAAGGAGGAUCCAAACUGCCACAGAGCAAGCGUCAGAGCGUCUACCCCAACGGCACCCUCACCGUGCAGAAAGUGGAAAGGAGCAGCGACGAAGGCUCCUACAAAUGCGUCGUCAGCAACGCAAAGGGAGACACUGCGUCGAUGGAGAUGUUCGUCACUGUUUUAGUGGCGCCUGUGGUUGCCCCAAUAUCAUUUCCGUCAACCCUAAAGGAAGGCAUGCGUGUCAUUGUCACCUGCUCCGUCAUCGAGGGCGACAGUCCAGUCCGCAUUCGGUGGCUGAAAGACAAGGGACCCCUGGCUCCCAAUGGUGCUAACAUCAAAGUGGAGUCAAGCAACGAGUUCUCUUCAACAUUGUUUAUUAAAAAUGUUAAUUACAAGCACAGAGGCGAAUACACAUGCGUCGCCACAAAUAAUGCAGCGUCGGCCAAUCAAACAGCUAACAUGGUGGUGAAUGUGGCCCCGCGUUGGAAAAUGAUGCCCAAGGACAAGUCAGCAGUGGUCGGGGAGAAUGUUGUCGUCGACUGCCAGGCCGAAGGUUCUCCGCAUCCUAGGAUAUGGUGGGAAAAGUCUUCAGGGUCGUCAGGAUCACGUCCUUCGGAGUACAAGAUAAUCAUAAGCAAUUCGCACAUUCAUACCCUGGAGAAUGGAUCCCUGAUGGUUCGAGAAGCAGAGCAAAAUGAUACGGGUUCCUAUCUCUGCCAAGCGAACAACGGUGUGGGGUCAGGGAUCAGCAAGGUUAUUGAACUUAAAGUGCAUGUGCCUGCGAACUUCAAAUCUGCCUUCAGCUCUAAAACACUGCGAAAAGGAGCUACUGCCAAUUUAAAAUGUGAGGUGUUUGGAGAGAAGCCACUCACAAUAGCGUGGAAUAAAAAUGGACAACCUUUUACGCCGACCAUGGAUCAAAGGUACGACGUGAAGACUACUGACAUGGACGCAAGCGCUGUGUCCGAAAUGAAAAUUCACGCCGCCGACAGAAGAGACUCUGCCUUAUUCUCCUGUCUCGGAACAAACGAGUACGGACAGGAUGAAACAAGGAUUCAGCUCAUUGUCCAAGAGCCACCUGGAGCUCCAUUCAACGUUCACUCAUCGAACAUCGUAAGCAGAGCGUUCACCGUUUCGUGGGACCAACCUUACACAGGCAAUAGCCCCAUUUCCAGCUACAAGGUUCAAUACAAAGAAGGGGGAACCAAAUGGGGCACGGACACUCAGGAAACGACAGUUCAAGGAUCAACAACCACCUUGGCAUUGAGGGGACUCCGCCCUGUCGGUACUUACAUCGUUCGCAUUCGAGCUGAGAACUCCUUGGGACCAGGACAGUUCAGUCAAGAGAUUCAAGUGACGACAGAUGAAGAAGCACCUGAGUCACCACCCCUCAGCGUUCAAGCAACUCCACUCUCGUCGUCGACUAUUAAAGUAACGUGGAAAGCACCGAAAAAAGAUCUUCAGAAUGGUCUGCUGAAGGGAUACUACGUUGGGUACAGACAGCACUCUUCGUCUGACUCCUACACGUAUAAGACGCUGGAAAUCCACAGCGAUUUUCGGGAAGAAACUGUGCUCAGCUCCCUGAGAAGGUCUACAAAGUAUUCCGUUCUCGUUCAAGCUUUCAACUCAAAAGGGUCAGGUCCACCGUCUGAAGAGAUCACCGUGGAGACGUUUGACAGCGAUCCUCCACCCUCUCCAACCCUGAGUGUGCUUACCACAAGUGCCUCGUCUAUCCAGCUUCAGUGGGAUUCUCAUGCCAGCGAGGAUAGCCCAGCUUUAGGAUAUUAUCUUUACAUUAAGGAACAGUUUGGGACCUGGGAGGAACUUCAGCUUUCAGCACAUCAGUCGAGCCACAUAUUUCAAGACCUCUACUGUGGAACCAGCUACCAGUUCUAUUUAGUAUCGUAUAACAAGAUGGGGAAAGGAGAGCCGAGCGAAGUGCUCUCAGCAAAGACUCAAGGCUCAGCGCCGGUUGCCCCAAAGCGAGAUGCUCUAAUUACCGUCAAUGCCACAACGCUUGUCAUACAUCUAAGCAGUUGGAAUUCCGGGGGAUGUCCCAUCAAAUCCUUCGCCAUCCGGUAUCGAAUUCACGAAGAGUCCGACUGGGAUGUGGUCUCGGAGCAAGUGCUCCCGGACCAGAAGGUGGUAGAAGUGACGAACUUGGCUUCCGGAAAGUGGUACAUCCUCAACGUCGUAGCUCACAGCGAGGCCGGCUCAACGGAACAGGAAUUCACAUUCAGCACUUUAACGCGCAAUGGAGCUGCCAUCCCGCCGUUGAACAGCCUGGAAGGCCGGAAGCCCGCGUUCUACAGGAGUGUCAGCAUUAUGGUGCCCAUCAUGUGUAUCGUAGCAGUUUUCAUCGCCGUCAUAGUGGUCGGAUGCGUCGUAGUAUCAAGAAGACGACGACAGAUGAAUGACGGCAACAUGCAAGAUCAGAACCCCGAGGACAAGAACUUGGAGGCGAUGAGCCUUUCCAUUUUGAAACACACGGGCAGCACCGGCGGCGGUAUUCUUCCGGAAUGCAGCCCAAACAAGGAACAGAGCCUAUAUUUCCCGUCGCCCUAUGGGAUGGGCCGCGUCUUGGCCAAGCACAGCUCCUCCGAAUCCGAGAGCACACACAGUCUCAAGAGGUUGUCUGCGCCACGGAGGGAGCACAUCUACGAAGUGCCCUAUCCACGAUGGAGUGAAGAAGAGGAGACAUACUCUCAUAUAAUGGAUAACUCAGUCACAUCAACAUCAAACAUAUACCAGACGCCACGAAAGCAAGGCACUAUGAACCAGACUCACAAAAAGCCCCUUGCACCAACGCCCCCAGACGGUAGACGUCUUUCGAGGGAAGGCAGGGGAAAUCAUAGGACAGGAUACAAGUCAUCUAGUCUAGCAUCAGAUGGGCACUCCGCAGAUGAUAGUGACAGCGAAGGCGGUGACGCGUUCCAAAGGAAUUGGACGACGAGGAACUGUAUGGAGCAUCAGGAGAUGUCCGAAGCGGAAUGCGACCGAGAUCAGCAUUGCAGAGUGAAACGCCUGGACGCCCUCGGAAUUCAUAUUACUCCAGGAUAUAGCAUAACCUGAAACAUACUGAACCAAGGAGAGCUGCACGAAGCUAGGGAGACGUGUGUCUAGUGUCCACGUGCGAUGUUUCAAGUCGUCUGGACUUUCUGCCCCUCAAGUGCCAUGCAAGUACUGCUACGACCAUUCUCUAUCAAGACAGUGCCUCAAAGAAACUAAGUGGGUGCUCCUCAUGAACUCUUCUCAGUGAGGGCAUUAACUAUUUAGCGAAAUAAUUUAGUGUUCACCAGUGCUGAAAGAACAACGAACUGAACAAGUUUGGAGGUAUUCGAAGUGUUUUGUAAAGUAAGUAUGGAGAGUUUGUAAGCAUAAUGUUGUGGAAACUGUGCGGCAUUUUCAUCAGAACCUUGACUGUGUGAAUGGAGUGAUAUUUCCGAAUUCCAUCGUUUUCUACGAAAGAUCAUCGUGUUAAGACCUGACUGAGGAGUCGAUUAGAAAUUGUUCUCUCCUGGCAGUGGCGCUGUUCAAAGCUCUUUUCAGUGUUUUAAGGCGCAACCUUCUGUCCAGCAACGAACUGAUGCGAAUGGGUACACAUUUGACACAUAGCUCGGAUUCAAUGAUAUCCUAUUGUUAUAGAGGAUAUAACUAGAGCCCCUGGCUUUUCGCGAAUCUUCGGCUCCGCGAAAUGUAGCGAAAUUGGUUAUGUCUCGCGGAGCCUGCUGUUUCUCUCAGAAUCAUUUACGCGUAAUAUUCGAUAUAUUGCGGAACCACGUGACGAUUUAAAUCGAUGUAUUUUCGCGGGUUAAACCCGAUGAGUCACAACUGCAAUACAUGACGCCACUGAUAAUGUUGGUAUUUUCACGACUGAGUGUAGCGCAACGAAAGAAAAUUUAGAGACACCAACCACCGUAGUUCACUGAUAAAAAUAAAUUAACUGUCUAGCUUAUGACGAAUAGCACUGUACAGAUUAAGAAUGAAACAUCGUGAAAUUGAUAUUUAAUAGACGAGCUUUCGUGUAGAAACUACACUUCAUCAGGUAACACAAACAUCGUGAACACUGAAUAUAUAACUUACCUCCGGCGAGGAGGUGCAAAGUCCCUAUUGGAAGGAAAAAACAAAGGGAGAGAGACGAAAGAAAUACAAAAUAUACAUAUGCGUAUAUGGAAAGAGCCAAUGCGAGAUUAAAGUAAAAACACCACAUCGUCGUUAGGGACAAACGGUACUUGAGUCUCGCGUUGCUCUUUAUAUUUAUGUAUCUUCGCGGAAAAAUGAAUUUUCCACCGCAGAAAGCGAGGGGCUUUAGGUAUAACCCUUAUUAAGAUAAAAGAUAACAAUGCACACGGGUGAUUUGUUGUUUCUCCUUUGGCAGAUUCUAACGUGGUUGUAUAGCAAAACUAUGCUAUUCAGAAUGAUGUUGGUGUUUUGAUAUUAAAAUGAGAACAAAACAUCA